AUGAAAUACCGAGAGAACAAUGUCCUCGACACCCCAGACAUCGCUAUGAACGGCCAGAUUGACCGCAAACAGUCGCUGGAGCGGAGAACUUCGAAGAAAUCGGGUUCAGGAUUUUCACUUUGGUCGCGCAAGUCCCUCAAGCGAUCGAAUACAACUCACAGCACAAGUCCCGUAUCUCCGCAGCCAAUACAAGUCGAUGUGACGUCCAUUCCCAACGAACAAAGUGGCAAUGACGGCCUCUUCACCACACCGAAUUCCACCUUCCAACGUCAGUUGAGUUUUCAAGACUCUCUGCUCCUCGACCCCCGCAGAGGAAUGGCGCCGACCUCUGACGAGCCAGCGUCAUGGAACCGGGUACCCAUCCCCUCCGUCACUGUCCACUAUAACAUUCACAACCCGCUCGGCCCAAGGUGGUACAAAAAUCACCAUUUGCUGCCGCCAUCUUUGAGCAAGCCCAACCUGCGCCCUCCAACGUUCUUCUCGCCGUCGUUUCCACCAAUCAGCACGUCGACCGCCCCGGAACAUUUGCUUGACCCGGAGGACAGCCGGGCGGCCUCUCAUUCCCCUCAGCCAACACCAGCGUCCUCCCAAACUCGAGUUGGCGAAGGAAUUAAGCCCAGAUCGCGAAAGACAUCUCAGACAGCCCCUGACAAUGUCGACCUCCUCGAUGUAACAGAUCCAUGGGGCACAAAUUGGCACCACGAGUCUCCUUACGAUGUUGGUCAGACUUCGACGGCCGUGGACAGCGAUGGUCUCAGCAAACGGCUUCGCCGGUCAAGUAUGACUGCAGCCCAGAACAGCUUGCACAGGUCCAUCGCCCCCUCUCCAUUGUCACAAUCAACAUCAGCUGUUCACCUUCAUGCACUAGAGCAGCCCUCAUUACCUCCAACCAAUAGUAUUGCUCACACUAUUCAAUUGCCUCGUAAAUUGAGCAAGAGGAAGCCAGGCGUAGAGGGACUAUUCCGACCUCCGACAAGGGACGAAGAUCGCAAAGCUGUUUCUGCCCCACCCACGCCCGUCGAGCGGAUACAGUUAUCCGAGUCACCACCUCCGGAUCCAGGAUCGUUGCCCAAACGCAUGUCCGUCGCACCUCCUGUCAACCCCUUCGCCCCAUCAUCCUCGCACUUUCCUCCCAAGAAGGAGAAGCGGACUAGCGUGCUGAACCGUAUCGCCAAGAAGUUCAGCCUCCUCACCAAGUCCUCAUCAGAUGAAUCCAACAACCGCGAAUACAGUUGGCUCCAUGUGAACCCAGAAGAAGCGCGGAUCUCAAUGCGUCAGAGCCUCCAACCUCAAAAUAGCUUAUCUUUGCCCGAGAAGUCAUUGGAUGGUAUCAAGAGAGUGCCUCCCCCUCCUGUAGAAGACCCUCCCCCGCCGCAGACUCCGAAAAAGGAGACUCCCCCUUCACCAAUCAGCAGAAGGCGCACUUCUUCCAUCUCCAUCGAAGCGCCCUUCCUUCUCGGAAACCUCACAGUUGCCAACCCCGACUCUCCUGAAUCGGAGAAGGACACUCCCGCCCAACCGUCUUCCCCUCUACCGAUCUCGCAGCCAAUACCUCUUCACUUUGAUAGCGCACCGGCAGUCCUUACGACAGGAAACGACACAGACCCCCCGCAACCUUCGCCAUCCCCUGCCAGCUUCGAACAGCAUGGAACGUAUGCAGCGUACGAGAAGCCUUUACCUGUUCCGGUGCCAUCGACUGCAGCCAACACCCCGUUCAUGAAUGGCAAGGACAUUUCGCCCGCUGAAUCCGAGGCGAGCGUCAAAGAUGCCAAAGAGGAAGAGCGAGAGAAUGUUCCGACGAGAUCGAAGACAGUGUCGUCUACAGUUACGGGGGGAACUGCCAGACCAGCCAAGGAAGAGCCACCCCCUCCACCACCUGCUGUCGAUGAGGAGACGGAUAAGUCGGCAGUCUCACAUUUAGCUGUAGUUGAGGAUGGUGGUGAGUCGAAUCUCUCUCCGGAGGCACCCCCGCCGACAGAGUUGGAAAAGGCUACUUCACCAUUUUCUUUGGCUUCGCCUUCACUCCCUCCUAUCCCUGUAACGACACCCUUGGUCGAAGCCAUCACCCUUCGACAUAGUGCUAGUCGGUCAAGUGCCUUGUCCCGUGCCAAGACGCCUGUUCCGCCCCCCAAAGUUCCCGAACUCCCUCCCCUGGAGAUUCGCAAGAGCAAUGGUACCAGUCACAACGCGUAUCACACUCCUCUUGCUCUCUCCCCCGAGGAACUCACCGCACAGGACCGCAUUAACUCAUACCUAUACACUGAUUCACCUUAUUCUGCGUCUUCUGUCCUCGCCAACCCUCCUACUCCCUACGAUGCCACUUCAUCUAUACCUCUGGCACCUGAACAAGAGCUCCCGCCGCUUCCACCGAAGCCAACCAAGGAGAAACGAUCUUCUGGCGAGUCCUCACCCCACACCACCAGGCAAACCGAGACGUUCAAGCUUGUUAGGAGCCUAUCAGGAAACGUAUAUGCUUCACACGAGACCAUCCCAGCUGCUGGCCAGCAAUGGGAGCUCGUGGGGUCUGGUGAACAGAAGAAUAGGCGACGGUCAGGAUCAGCGAAGAAGGAGCGGGAAAGCAGCAGUCGGAAGGAGAAAGAGAAGGAGAGGGAAAGUAGGCAUCAACCGAAGGCGGAGGAGGAUGAUCAUAGGCGGAGGUCAAAGAGUCGUCAUUCGAAGCAGGUUUCGGCGCCACCGGAGGUGUCGACCAUCCCGAUGCCCAAGUUGUCGUCCUCUCCAAGGCAUUCGCCAGGUUAUGACGAAGAGUCCUCGAGACAUCGCGAUGACCGGAGAAGACACGAUUCCCAUCACGAGUCAAGGUAUCGUGAUGACGGAAGGAGACAUACCAAACACCGGAGCGAUGACGAUUAUAGGCGCAGCGAGGACGCGAAGAGGAGGGAGGAGCGCAGGUUGGAAGAAGAGAGGCGGUAUGAGGAGGAGCGUCGAGAAAAGGAUAGAGAAAGGCGGCGCCGAGAACGUGAAAGGGAGAGGGAACGCGAGCGCGAGCGCGAGCGGGAACGCCAAAGAGAACGUGAAGAGAGGAGGGAGCGCGAGAGGAUAGAGAGGGAAAGAGAGCUGGAGUUGGAGCGUCAGCGGGCAGAAUUUGAACGGUUAGAGAGAGAGCGACAGGAGUGGGAGAGGGCUGAACGAGAGAAGUUGGAAAAGGAGCGGCUGGAAAAGGAAAGGCUGAGGUUGGAAAAGGAGCGGUUAGAGCUGGAGUUGGAGAAAGAACGUUUGAAGAGAGAGAGGGAAAGAGAGCGGGAGCGUAGGCGAGAGGAAGAGCGCCUGGCUCAGGAGAAGGAGCGGGAAAGAAGGAGACAAGAAGAGGAGAAGGAGAGAGAGCGGGCACGAAGGAAGGAGGAGGAACGUUUGGCGCAGGAGAAGGAAAGAGAAAAAGAGCUUGAGCGAAGAAAGCGGGAAGAAGAGAAAGAGAAGCGGCGUGAACGCGAGCGGGAGGAGCGGCGUGAAGAGUCCCGUGUUCAUCGCAGCAAAAGGGACGAAUCCAAGGAUGAUAAGCGCAAGUCGAGGAAGUCUGAACAUAGACGCUCUGAAGCACCUAGAGUGGAGUCGUAUCAUGCCCAACAUCCUUUGCAGGGGACAUCUUCAUCUUCAUCUUCAUCUUCCGAUGGCCUUCCUGUAGAACGUCGACCUUCCCUCAACGCAAGGCCAACAUCCGAGUUGCCCUCUGCGGCUGAUAUGAAUGCCCUUCGCGCCACGGAAGCUUGGGAAAUGGAACGCCUUUGGAAAGCUCGUUCCAUGUAUGGUGCGGAGUGGAACAAUGGCGCCGUUGCUGCGCAGAGUAUGACGAGCUUUGACGAUGCAUCUGCUGCCCAAGCAGCACCAUAUGGUUCUGGCCACACUGCGUUCAUGGUGCAAACGCCAUUCCAGCCUCCUGGUUCUAGCAUUUACCAUUCCAUGCCCAGCAAGCCUCCCCCCAUCAUCUAUGGCUCCCCAGCCUCGAUACCCAGCUUACCAGACUCUUCUUACGAUCCUUACGACCGGAACAACAUUGGCCACCCGCGUAUUCAUGCACCACUCCCGCCUCCUCCACCGCAACUGAACGGUCCUCUUAGCGGAUCGCCACCGAGCGCGCUGUUCGGAAAUUCUGCAGUACGGCGAUCGGCGCUUCUCAACAAUCCUCUACCCGAACCCCCGCGUGAAUCAACCUACCAGCCUGCACCUCUGCCUCCUUUGAAGCCUGGUCGGACUGCGGAUACAUGGGCCAAGUAUACGACGAGCAUCACGACAGCACACUGA